AGAACCAGUCUAUUUCAAUCUUGCAUGCGAGAUGCUGUCGUCCUCAUCGAAGGUAGCAAAAGACUGGUUGCUUGGCGCAGCUCUGGGUAUUUGCCAUGCUGCUCUGGUGAACGUAGUGUAUCGCUAUGUCCCUGAACCAUAUAUGGACGAAAUAUUCCACAUUCGCCAGACAAGAAGGUAUUGCAAUGGCGACUGGACGUGGGAUCCGAUGAUCACCACUCCACCAGCUUUGUAUCUGCUAGGAAUGCCUUUUUGUGGUUUUGAGCGUUACACAAACAGUGUACUCGUUGCGCUGACGUUUGUCGGAUUCUGUCGAUUCCGAAGGAUGUUCACAAUGGAUUCUGUGCAUACUUCUGCACUUGUAGCCUUGCUUUUUCCGGUAAGUAUUGUAUGUGCUGUUGUUUGGGGAUUCUCGUUGGACUCUCCAUUUCUCUCUUCCCUGUCUUUCGGAGUAGCUGUGUUGACGCGACAAACGAACAUCGUCUGGGCUGGCUUCAGUGCCGCCAUUCGCCUUUUCCGAGGUAUCGAUACGUCCAAGCCUUUUUCUUCUCUGAUUCAUUCUCUUAUAAGCCUUGCAUCCUUUAUUAUCCUUGCACUUUCCUUUAUCGUUUUUGUUUUCAUCAAUGGGGGCAUUGUCCUUGGCGAUGCUUCUGCUCACCAUCCUCGUUUGCAUCUCGCCCAGUUGCUCUAUCUGGCUCUGUUUAUAGCCAUUCACGCUUGGCCACAUGCUCUACCGCGAUUGGCCAAGUUAUGCGCCAGAACUUCUACAAAUAAGUUGCUGAUAGCAGCCGAAAUAAUUUCGCAAAUGGUUGUUUUCAGUUCUGUUUUUUAUCUGUUUCUUUUCAAACCAUUUGAAUGGGCCAAUGAGCCUGGGGCAAAGCAGAGAUUUAUGUGGUGAUG